GUUUGGUGUUAUCGAUAUUUCUCGACUGUCUUCUCUGACUUCGCUUGCACCAGAGACGGUUUCUGUGACGGUUAAUGAAAAGGGAUCGGUGAUUCUGGGCAACGUUUCAAGGCUCAUAAACAGCAACAACAUAGCGUCAGAUGGCUAUCUUCAUCUCGCCGAUAACGUAUUACUGCCACUGUUUGUUCUUCCGAUCAUUCAAAAGUUUUGUGAUAAUAGGACUAAAUUAGGUCCAUGUCGGGAUUGUCGUUUGACAGCGCUUUAUCCACAAUGUCCCAACGAAUAUGUUCCCACGGGAGAAACUCGGUCGUGUUCUUACUACAGAAAUACUGGGUUCAGUGAUGCAAAAAAUUCUGGUUGUAGAGCUGUAUGUAAACCUAAGAGAAGGAAGUGCUGUGAAGGUUUUUAUGGGAGUGACUGUCUUCCCUGUCCGGGUCCUAUCGGCAAUCCAUGUUUUGGAAACGGAAAGUGCUCCAGUGAGACUGGUAUCUGUAAGUGCAAUCUUCGCUUUGCAGGAACUGCUUGCGAGCUUUGCAAAGACAACAGAACGUUUGGAUUGGAGUGUAAAAGAAAUUGCUCUUGUGUUCAUGGCACCUGCGACAACGGCCCUAAGGGCAACGGUUUUUGUGUUCCCGGUACUUGUAAAAGAAGGUACAGCGGAAAGGAUUGUGGGCUUGUCCUUAAACCUUGCUAUGGUGCAUCUAGUCGCCGUCUUAAGUUUUCUUUGUGUCAUGCGCAUGGACGAUGCUACCUUCAGAAUUCUAAGCCGACCUGUGUAUGCUUGCCUGGAUACCGGAAAGUCGGCAGCUCAAGUUGUUACGAAAUAAAUCCAUGUCUGAGAAAGGAUAGAGGCGGGUGUCAUCAAAAUGCAAUCUGUAGGAAAACGAGACCUGGCCAAAACACGUGCACCUGUAAUGUCGGGUGGACUGGUGACGGCUUUUAUUGCGUACCAAUCAAUUACUGCAUGAUGCCAUCGAGGGAUCAUUGUCAUGGCAACGCCAAAUGUACGUUCACCGGCCCAGCACAGGUAAAAUGUACAUGCAACAGAGGCUAUGAUGGUGAUGGUACGAAGUGUCAGGAAAAUAAUCCGUGUUUAAGACUCAAUGGAAAAUGUUCACCGUUG